AUGAUUCCAAAUACUAGGAAAAUCUUUGUUAGUUUUACCCCCCAUAUCUUUCUCCUUUAUGUACCCACUCAAGCACUGGGCUGGGCCUUAGUGGUCCGGCCACUCUCUGGUCUUAUCUUUCCUCCAUUUUUAUUCCUGCCUAGGAAGAUUCCCUGCAGUGUUUCUCCCGUAUUUCUAAACACUCCUUUCUUUCUUUCAGAGUUAACCUGCCCCCCCAACAGCCACUAUGAGCUCUGUGGACCUUCCUGCCCGGCCUCUUGUGCCCACCCAGCUGUGCCCUCCCGCUGCCGGACUGUGUGUGAAGAAGGGUGCCAGUGUGACCCUGGCUUUGUGCUGAGUGGCACCGACUGUGUGCCUCGGGAGCAGUGCGGCUGCACCCACAAUGGCAGAUACCACCUGGCAGGGGAAAGCUUCUGGGAAGGAGAAAAUUGCCAGAGAUUGUGCAGAUGUGACGGCUCCUCCCACGCUGUCCAGUGCUCCCGCUCUGCCUGUGCCCCGGGGGAAUUCUGUGGCACUCGAAAGGGGGUUUAUGGAUGCCACGAACGAACCAACGGCAUCUGCUGGGCUUCUGGGCUGCCCCAUUACACUACGUUUGAUGGGAAACGAUACGAUUUCCAGGGCACCUGCAGAUAUGUCUUUGCUGAAGUGUGUGGGGCAUCCCAGUCCUUACCCUUCUUCAGAGUGGAAGUGAAGAAUGGAAACCUGCCCCGUGUUCCUGUGGCUGUGACCUCGGAGGUGUUUGUCCUUGUGAACAGGACUGAGAUCCAUCUGCAGAGAGGGCAGCACGGGACAGUCAAGAUCGCUGGAGUGACUGUGACCCUCCCGGUGAAUGUUAAAACACUAGGAGUUGCCAUUUAUCAGCAUGGGCUGUACACGGUGCUGCAGACUCCCUUUGGGCUGAGUGUGAGCUACGACCUGGCCCACAGCCUCUUCGUCAGCCUCCCACCUGAGUACCGAGGCCAGACCUGUGGGCUGUGCGGGAACUUCAAUGGAGCGGCUGAGGAUGAUUUUGUGACGCGUAACGGCUCCCUAGGGAAGGACGCCUUCCACUUCGCUGCAGACUGGAAGUCGGAGGAUGUCCCUGGCUGUGACGACGGCUGCUCUGAUUCCUGCCCUGGGUGUGAAGAGGAGGAAAGUCUGGUGCAGUCCAAGUCCCGGUGCUGGGUGAUCCAGGACCCUGAUGGGCCGUUUUCCGCUUGCCACUCCCAGAUUGACCCAGGCCACUAUCUGUCUGAUUGCAUCUUUGACCUGUGUGUGUCAGGAGGGGAGAGCAGUGUCCUAUGCCAGUCCAUUCAGACAUACGCAGCCGCCUGCCAGAGAGCGAAUGUCUCCAUCUCACCUUGGAGGAACGAGUCCUUCUGUGCCCCAGGAUGCCCAGCAAACAGUCACUACAAGCUCUGCGAGCCCCCCUGCCGGGAUUCCUGUGCACGCCGCUUGAUCCAGGCUCACUGCAGCCGUCUGUGUGCCGAAGGCUGUUUCUGCUACGACGGGUACCUGCGCAGCGGGGCCAGCUGCGUUCCAGAGAAGCAGUGCGGCUGCGUGCGCAACGGGCUGCACUACCCGGUUGGGGACCGGGUCUGGCUCUCUGGUUGCCAGGAAAGGUGCAGCUGUGACGGCCAUUUCAAUUUUCAUUGCGUCCCCGCCAGCUGUAACCCCGGCCAGCAGUGUGCUGUGAAGGACGGGAAGUUGGGCUGCCAGAGCCAGCUGAGCACGUGCACGGUGACAGGGGACCCUCACUACUUCACCUUCGAUGGGGCUGUGGCCCAUUUCCAGGGCACGUGCGCCUACGAGAUCUCACACACCUGCAACUCCUCCCUCGACUUCUCCUUCCGGGUGGUGGCCGAAAACAGGCACCGCAGGAAUCGCCGAGUCUCUUUCGUGUCCCGGGUGGACGUCUGGCUCGAGAGAGGGGAUCAGAAUGUGCACGUUGUCCUAGGGGACAGCAAGGCUGCUGAGGUUAACGGGGCGAGGGUGAGCCUGCCGCACGCCCUGGGCCCUCUGGGCAGCGUGUCCAGGAUCAGAAACCUGCUGACCAUCCAGACCCCAGCCAACGUGGAGAUCCAGUUCAACGGGCGCCACACGUUGUUCGUCCGCGUGGGCCCGGAGUAUCGGGGGCGGCUGUGCGGGAUGUGCGGGAACUUCAAUGGCAUCCGCAGGGACGAUAAAGUCCUGCCCAGCGGGGAGAGAGCCCGGAGUGACGCAGAGUUUGGGAACGCCUGGAAGGCUGAGCCCAGCCCGGCCAGGUGUUUGGAUGACAUCGACUCCCCCGAGCCCUGCAGCGACCCCCUGGAGUUUGAAGAGCUCUGCGGGACCCUGACUAGCCAAUCGGGACCAUUUGCCGAGUGCCACUGGCAUGUGGACCCUGCCCCAUUUUACUCCUCCUGCCUGUACGACAUGUGCCACUACGGGACGGCCAAUGGGAUGCUGUGCAUGGCCAUCGCCUCCUACGAAGAGCUGUGCAGCCUUGAGGGGAUACGCGUUGGCGCCUGGAGAUCAUCUGCGCAGUGCCCCGUGCGUGACCCGUGUGUCGGUCUGGCCUGCGGGGAGGACGAGUGGUGCGGCGAGCAGGCAGGGAGAUGGGGCUGUUACUGCUACAGGGCUUCUGAGCCCAUCCAAGUGGCUGACUAUGACUAUCAGCUGACCUGCAGUGGCGGUAACAGCUCAGUGUCCCUGUCCCGCUGCCUGCUCUUCACCGACGGCUUCCCCGCAGAGGCCUUGCACCUGGCCGACCCCAGCUGCACCGGCAGCCUCCUCAGGGGGGGAGAGACUCGGCUCUCACCACCGCUGCUGCUUCUGUGCCCCCCACAGGUCAACGCCACCCACGCCACUUACUCCAACCAGGUGCAGGGCCGGGUGGGCAACACCUAUGGAGGGGUCAUCAGCCGGGACAGGCUCCUCUUCUUGCACUUCUCCUGCGCCCAGCCACUGAGCAUCAACCUGUCCGUCCCAAUGGUCAUCCAGCCCAUACAGGAUGUUGUUAACACAACCCUCCCCUCCGGCCAAGGCAGCUACCUGACAACCAUGGUCCUGUACCAAGACCCUCGAUACAGCAAACCCUUCACCCAGAGCCCCAUCCCACUCACUGUCAACCACAGGGUCUAUGUGGGCAUCAGGGUUUCAGGGUUGGACCCCAGCCACUUCGUGCUGACCUUGUCAUCAUGCUGGGCGACUCCGGACCGAGACCCCUCCUCCAGCAUCCGAUGGGAUCUCAUCACCAACCAGUGCCCCAGCGUGCGAGAUGGCACAGUGAUGAUCGACGAGGACGGCGUCUCCUCCAUCAGCCGCUUCUCCUUCAAUGUCUUCCUGUUCAUCCCAGACUUGGAGCUGGUGUAUCUGCAUUGCCGCGUCCGGCUCUGCAGCCCCCACGCGGCCACGUGCACCAUGCACUGCGCCAGGCCGGGCCCUGCUGUGCAGGGCAGGAAGCCUCCGUCGGGGGUCGUGUCCGCUGGCCCUUUCCUGAAGUACGACGAAGCUGCCGACCAAGGUCUGCAGCUGGCCAGCGGGAGCCCUCGCUCACCCACCUGCUCCCCACUGCUGCUGCUGCUGCUGCUUAGCACCUCCUGCCUGCUCCUUGCCGGAGCCCCCUGAGCAAGGCCUGGGCAGGGGCUUCCUUGGGGAUCCCGCACCCCACCUGCUGCAGAACAGGCUGCUGGGUACAAGGCCUCAGCGAGCACUGGGGAGGGGAGUGGCCAGGGAGGCAAUCAGCCAGUCAGCGCUCUGGGAAGAGGGGCUGAGCUGGGUGGCCGGAGCCUGCGAUUGUGGAUUCCCCCUCCUCUGCUGCUCCCCUGCCCCCCAGCACCCUCCCGGGGACACAGCGAGGCCACACCCCUAGUGGGCGGGGCAUAAAAUCCUAGCAGGUGAAGGGGGAGCCUGGGAGAACCAAGGGAAUCCCACUGCCCCCAACCUUCCCGCUCCCGCUACGGCACCAGGCAAAUAAAGUGAGUGCGGAGAA